AAACCAGACACAAAAACAUGGCAGAAAUGGAGAAAGAAGGGAGACCUCCGGAAAAUAAAAGGAGCAGGAAACCGGCUCACCCAGUGAAAAGGGAGAUCAAUGAGGAAAUGAAGAAUUUUGCAGAAAAUACCAUGAAUGAACUCCUUGGCUGGUAUGGCUAUGAUAAGGUUGAAUUAAAAGAUGGUGAAGAUAUAGAAUUCAGGAGCUAUCCUACAGAUGGGGAGAGCCGGCAGCACAUUUCUGUUCUCAAAGAAAAUUCUUUGCCAAAACCAAAAUUACCUGAGGACAGUGUUAUUUCACCAUACAAUAUAAGCACAAGCUAUUCAGGGCUUGCCACUGGAAAUGGACUCAGUGACUCACCCGCAGGGUCAAAGGAUCAUGGCAAUGUGCCUAUUAUUGUACCUUUAAUUCCGCCACCUUUCAUAAAGCCACCAGCAGAAGAUGAUGUGUCAAAUGUACAAAUAAUGUGUGCCUGGUGCCAGAAAGUGGGAAUCAAGCGCUAUUCCCUGAGUAUGGGGAGCGAGGUGAAAAGCUUCUGCAGCGAGAAGUGCUUUGCGGCCUGCCGGCGAGCCUACUUCAAAAGGAACAAGGCUAGAGAUGAAGAUGGACAUGCUGAAAAUUUUCCCCAGCAGCACUAUGCUAAGGAAACUCCAAGGCUUGCCUUCAAGAAUAACUGCGAACUACUUGUAUGUGACUGGUGUAAGCACAUAAGACACACAAAAGAAUACCUGGAUUUUGGGGACGGGGAAAGAAGGCUUCAGUUCUGCAGUGCAAAAUGUCUCAACCAAUACAAAAUGGACAUUUUCUACAAAGAGACACAGGCCAAUCUUCCAGCUGGGCUGUGCAGCACAUUACACCCGCCCAUGGAAAAUAAAGCAGAAGGCACCGGGGUGCAGCUGCUCACUCCAGACUCUUGGAAUAUCCCGCUAACUGAUGCUCGGAGGAAGGCUCCCUCCCCGGUGGCUGCCGCUGUCCAAAGCCAAGGCCCUGGCCCAUCCACAUCCACCACCGUCUCUCCAUCUGACACAGCCAACUGCUCUGUCACUAAAAUCCCCACGCCGGUGCCCAAGUCUAUCCCCAUCAGCGAGACUCCGAACCUCCCUCCUGUCUCUGUGCAGCCGCCUGCUAGCAUCGGACCUCCCCUGGGCGUCCCUCCUCGCAGCCCUCCUAUGGUGAUGACCAACCGCGGCCCGGUGCCGCUGCCCAUCUUCAUGGAGCAGCAGAUCAUGCAGCAGAUCCGCCCGCCCUUCAUCCGCGGGCCACCGCACCACGCCUCCAACCCCAACAGCCCACUGUCCAACCCCAUGCUUCCUGGCAUUGGGCCCCCACCCGGUGGCCCCAGGAACCUGGGCCCCACUUCCAGUCCUAUGCACCGACCCAUGCUAUCGCCCCACAUCCACCCCCCAAGCACGCCCACCAUGCCUGGGAACCCUCCGGGCCUGCUGCCCCCGCCGCCCCCGGGCGCCCCCUUGCCGAGUCUUCCCUUCCCGCCGGUAAGCAUGAUGCCAAAUGGCCCGAUGCCCGUGCCCCAGAUGAUGAAUUUCGGGCUGCCGUCGCUCGCGCCCCUGGUGCCGCCCCCCACCCUGCUCGUGCCGUACCCGGUGAUCGUGCCCCUGCCCGUGCCCAUCCCCAUCCCCAUCCCCGUCCCCCACGUCAAUGAUUCCAAGCCCCCCAACGGAUUCUCCAGUAACGGGGAGAGCUUCAUUCCGAGCGCCCCGGGCGACUCCUCGGCGGCCGGAGGCAAGCCCGGAGGACGCUCCUUGUCCCCCCGGGACUCCAAGCAGGGCUCGUCCAAGUCCUCGGACUCGCCGCCCGGCUGCUCGGGCCAGGCCCUGAGCCUGGCGCCCGCGGAGCCCGGCCGGAGCGAGGUGGUGGACCUAACCCGGCGUGGAGGCAGCCCCCCGGGCGCGGGCAGCCAGCCCGGCUUCCCGGGCGUGCUGCAGGGCCCACAGGACGGGGUCAUCGACCUGACGGUGGGCCACCGGGCCCGGCUGCACAACGUGAUCCACCGCGCGCUGCACGCGCACGUCAAGGCGGAGCGCGAGCCGGGCGCGCCGCCGCCGCCGCCGCCGCCACCUCCGCCCGGGCCGCCCAGGAAGCUGCUGUCGCCCGAGGAGCCGGCCGUGAGCGAGCUGGAGUCGGUCAAGGAGAACAACUGUGCGUCCAACUGCCACCUGGACGGGGAGGCGGCCAAGAAGCUGAUCGGGGAGGAGGCCCUGGCGGGGGGCGACAAAUCGGACCCGAACCUGAAUAACCCCGCGGACGAGGACCACGCCUACGCCCUGCGCAUGCUGCCCAAGACCGGCUGCGUGAUCCAGCCAGUGCCAAAACCCGCGGAGAAGACUGGCCUGGCGCCGUGCAUCAUCUCCUCGCCCAUGCUCAGCGCCGGGCCCGAGGACCUGGAGCCGCCGCUCAAAAGGAGGUGCCUCCGAAUUAGAAAUCAGAAUAAGUAAAAGGAAUGAGCAUUCCCAGGGUACCUUGCAUGGAGAGGGUGCGGAGUAAACCAUGACACGCCAUCCAAUGACACCAGCUGGUCAGCUCACCACCCCCUCUGGCUAAAAGUCAAGCAAAUAAAGCCACUUCCUGUCAUUAAGCAUCUCAGAGGAAGCAGCCCUCCCUCGGUGGCCUCCAGCCCAGAGAAGCCAGCACGUCUUGGACCCAGCAAGCAGGCCCAGCCUUCCUGCUGCCAUCAGCUCUGCUUCUCCCCAGAGGAACUUAGGGAUUUCGCCCUGGUUUAAAA